AUGCAUGCCGAUGACAUUGAUGACGGAUUCAAAACUGAUAGUGAAGACGAUGCUGCAUCACAGCUAUCCUUGAAGCUUGACACCGAUUACUGGAAUGAGUCCAUUCCAUUUGAUCGCAACGCAUUCGGAUCCCCGACCUUGGCUCCGUUCGACCCGAUGUCGCCCCAGUACCAAGGUACCCGGAGUGCACCUCCAACACCACAGACAGCUUCCGUGAACCCCCAGCUAGUGACUACGACUACCGAACCCUCACCUGCUGGCACUGAUGCCAUCCGUACUCACAUGAACCCUCCAUUUCACCAAGUACAAGUCCCUGUUCCCAUGAAGCAGCGACUCUCGGCGCAACUCGACACCGCUGCGGAUGCGACUACCAUCCUCAGUGAUCCCGACGCAUAUCCCUCCGGUGAUGAACAGCGCUUCUCAACUAAUGAUGAACGUUCCUUGGAGCCCACGAUACCUUCAAACCUGAAGUCUCCACCUUCUGUACAGCCAUCUGCCGAAAAUGACGACGGACCCGACAUCGAGGAAUUUCUCAGCGACCACGAAUACGACGAUGAAUACAUCGCGAGCGAUGUCCCCGCUCUGACACCCCGCGCGUCUCGCCUCUAUUCUGCCACGGAUGAUGAAGACGAUGCCUUUGAUGCUGCGAUUCGCAGCAACCGUACUAUCCUCCAAGAAGCACUGGCUGAACAGGCAGCAUUGAAGCUCCGCGCGAAACCUGUCAAUACUGCUGAUUCAGUUCAUGACAUUUCUCCAGACAAGCCUGCUGCGAAAUCUCCGCCCGAAGUCCAGAUAUUGACGAUUGCCUCGGUCAACUCUUUUGAGACCACGGCGGUUGCCUCGGUCAACUCUUUUGAGACCACGGCCGACAUAUCUCCUGUCGAGCUAUCCAGUUCUCCUCCCGCGACUCCCAAGAUUGCGAAUACGCAACCGGAUGCCGCUGAUGACGACUUCAUCCUCGACUACAUGAUCCCCGCCACUAGUACCACGCCUUCACUUGUUACUCGUGCCAUGCCCAGAUCAUCCAUGACGCAACACAAACCUCGCCACCGUCCCAACCUCCAUGUCGAGUCCGACAUCGUUGCAGACGCUUCUGGCGAGAUUGCCCAACAGUGGAACAAAGUCGCGUCCACCAAGAAAGGGAAAAAGAAGUCGAAGAAGAAGAAGAAGAAAGCUACCUGCCCUUCUACCAGUAACAUCUGUGCCGAACUGUUCUCUCCCACCAAUAAGGAAUCUGACUCUUCGUCCUCUUCUCCCACAUCUUCUGAGGGUUCCAACUCCAAACCCUCUCCUACGCAGGAUUUUGCAUAG